UCUGUCGAGCGUUUGGAGAGCUUUGAGUACUACUGCAAGACCACUUCUCGUGCGCGUGUGAUAAUGGUGUGCACUCUCACUCCGCUACCAGCACUGACAACCGCUGUGCUCUUGGAGUGUCUUCCACUCCGUCCACCGUCGGAUGGGUGGUCGGGUAACUGGGUAUUCUGGAUUCGAUUGGGCUUGAUGACAUUUACGCUGACGUUUGUAGGGAUAUCGGAGCUGAUAUUAUUCGUCCCCAACCUCAACAUUACACUCCUCAAAAGGAUCGUGGUUUCACUGGGAGCAAGUCUCAGCUAUGUGGGGACAUGGUUAGUAGCUACAGCAACCGGGGUCGUCGGGUUUCCGGUUCCUUUCAUUUGGCAAUUUGGAGGCUUGUUGCUGGGGAUUUAUUUACCGUCGAUGAUGUUUCUCGUCUUUGGGUUUGCGCCGUUCAUGAGUACUUCUCCGUGUCGUAUAUAUCUAAGUCGAUAUCUUCGCUUAUUGUUUGCGUACAUGGCCCUCGCAGGAGUCUACCCACUUUAUAAGGUGCUGUACGAGUACGUCCCAGUGGAUUAUCGAGGUGGUGCUCUAAUUAUUCUCCCCCUGUGGAAAUUUGGUGCGAAACACUUUAUCAUGAGUGCUACACGCGAAUUGGAGGAUUUUAUUCCCGUGGUGGUAUCGAUGACUGUGGAUUUCUUCAGUGCGCUCUUUGUCUCCGUAUGCAUUUCAUCCUCCGGAUCUCUCUACCUUUCAGCACUAUUCAUCGCAGCAGAUGUGGGUCAGGCAUUGCUGGAGUUCCGCGAGGUGCGAGCUAACGCAACGGCAGUGAUAGAACUGCUGAAAAGAGAAGGCUCUGGGCAUGCAGAGGAUCGUGAUCUGGUGGCUCAAGUUCUAGAAGUGACUCGAGAUCCUCGCGCCUUCCCAGGUUGCAUCCUUGAACGGAGCGCGACUACGCGCUUGUCUUCCCCACGUUAUGACUGA